AUUAUGAAUAAAGUACUCAUCGCCUCAAUUCUGCUGAUAGGUGUUUUGGGACAAUAAUCACCACCUCUGGAUUGCACCUAUUUAAGCUGUUUAGCUACAGGUGCUAUGAAAGUUGGUUAAUCAACACGUCAACCAUACUAAUGCAUGAAUGGUAUUAUUCUAUAUUAAAUAAAAGGUUACUAUUGGGCUGGGCAAUCAUGCUAACCUUGUCAACCAAUAGAGGGAGGAUUUUAUCAGUGUACAGAUUAUUACUAAACUGGGUCUUUAACUUGUAGUCCAGGAUGGACAUAGCUAAAUGGGUAGAGAAUUUUAAUAUAAAUUUAGAAUAUGUGUGAAUAUGCCAAAUGGAUGUUUGAGCUACUCAUUAAACACAGAAGCCAACGCCUAUGUGUGUGGUAAAUGUGACUCAGGUUUCAGUUUGAUUGCUGGAGUAUGCGUUCAGAAUUAAGCCUGUUCAGUCUAUAGUAGUACUCGAUAUGUAUGUACUCAAUGUUCUUCUGGAUAUUAUUUAAAUUGGGAUUAUAUUCCCUCAGUAUCAAGCUCAUCUGACUAAUACUACAAUUACUUCGAUGCUUUUUGCAACCCAUGUGGCAUAGCAGGAUGUUCGAAUUGUCCUUCAGCGUAUUAUAUUAAUAUCAUUAUAUAGAAACACUUGCACACAAUGUAUCGGUGGGUAUUUUUGGUCAUUCAGUGGAUUGACAACAGGAUCAACAACAGAUGGAUCUGGAACUUGUUAGAAAUGCUUAGAUUAUUGUAUCAGUUGCACAAAUAGCUCAAAUUGUACUACAUGUGCAGAUGGCUACUACAUUAGUACAAGUAAUGGAAUAACAGUAAAAAUUAGUAAUAUAUAUAAUUAUAGACUUGUGCCUCAUGUUAACCAAGUCUCACUUGUAUAAAAUGUUAAAAUUCAACAACAUGUUUAGCAUGUAUAGCUGGAUAUGCUUUAGUAAAUGCAACCUGUUAAAAAUUAUCUGAGGGCUGCACUCAAAUGGAUAAUAAUUUGAAUUGCACAUCAUGCAUAAGCACAUAUGUGUUGAACUCCUAAACUCCAAAGACUUGCACUCCAUGUGGUACAGGAUGCGCUUCAUGCACAAUAAAUAGUACAACUGUUUCAUGCACAAAAUGCUAAGAGUUCUACUAUGCUAUCAAGGAUUAAAGCAACAUCGUCACUUGCUCAGCUUGUACUUCAUAUCCUUAAUCAACUGGAUGGUUGAGAUGUGGAGGUCCAUAAGAUACCCCAUCAUAUACAACAGUUUAAGUCACUUAAUGUGUCGAUGGAUACUUCUUAGUCAAUAUUACUACAAACGGUGUUACUACUCCAACAUGCAUAGCAGCUGUACAAAUAUAAGCAUGCUUGACCUUGACUAACACAUCAACUAAUACAAACAAUGUUUGUGCCACAUGUGUUAAGAAUUACGGUGCUUAUGAAGGAGGAACUUGUUUAUCUUGUCCUCCAUAGGCUGGAGCUAAAACACAACUCUCUGCACAAUGUAAUAAAUGUGGUGGAUCAUCUUCAACACCAAUUACAUGUACUGGAUGCUCAUCAAAAUAUUUCUUAUAAGCAGCAAGUUCAGCAAGUUCAGCCACCUGUGCAACAUGUUCUGCAAGUGGUGGUUGUUUGGAAUGCUCAUCAAAUACUACCUGUACCAAGUGUAAUACUGGAUAUUACUUAUCAGGAGCAGCCUGUUAACCAUGUUAAACCAAUUGUGCAUCAUGCGACAAUUCAACAGUAAGAAUAAGUUUAAUUCUUAGACUUGCAAAGCUUGCAUGGAUGGAUACUUCCAAUAUUCUGGUACUAAGACUGCCUAAGCUACUUGUGUUGCUUGCUAAUUCGGUUGUGCCACUUGUGCAUCACCUGGAUAGGUUUGUUUAACUUGUAUUGAUGGAUACGUCUUCCAAUAAGGAGGUUGUGUGCCUCUUAAUUAAGCCAAUUGUGCUGUUAAAUUGAAUUCAACACUUUCCACUGAUAAACCAUAUUCAUCUUCUGGAUGCUCUAUUUGCAAAUAUGGAUUCCACAUGAUCUAGAAUCGUUGCUUCUAAUCAGUCUAACCUUAUGCUGGAGUAUUUAUGCUUGUUAAUAUUAUUAUAGUAUGCUUAUGGAUAAACAACUAAUGUAAGCACUGACUUGAACUACAAAAAUGACACUAUCGUUUAUGCUCAAUUAUUGGUGGCUAGUUUUAUCAUGUUAGUUUUCACAUUAUGAUCAAUUAUAAUAAUGAUAAUCAUAAAUAUUUAAAUAUUUAUAAUUCCACAC